UGUAUGACGUAAGAGCGCUCAUGCGUCAGGCGAUAGGACCGGUCUAUCACUGCCAACUUCCUUUGAACAUGUGACUGUUGUGUGUAAGCAAAGAGCAGUCACGCUGGAAGCAGUGCAGUCCGAUUCUCCGAACUUGUGAUCCAACCUCCGGAUCACAACCACACCAGCCGGGACACCUAUAUAUUGAAAGCAGAAUCCGCCCUUUAUUCCUUCUCUCCAUUCCUCAAAAGAUAUCGAUCAAGAUGGACUGCGGAAUCAUCACGUCGAAAACUGUGCUACUGCUUCUCAGUCUAAUAUUUUGGGCUGCGGGAGCCGCCUUAGCUUAUGUGGGGGCCUACAUCAUCCGGAGCUACACCAACUUCGCGGCCUUCCUGGAGGACAAAUAUGUCAUGAUCCCAGCCGUGAUCAUCAUCUGUGUCGGCGUGGCGAUGUUCCUUUUGGGCUUGCUGGGAUGCUGUGCCACAAUCUCAGAGUCCAAAGUCGGCCUUGGCUUGUUCCUGGUCGUCAUCCUGGCGCUCUUCGCUGGUGAAGUUGCUGCUAUGACCUUCUGUUUCAUCUACCAGGGCAAGAUAACUGAGGACCUGCAGCGUUCGAUGACCGACGUCUUCAUGAAGUACGACGGGCAGAGCACAGAGAGCGUUGCCGUGGAUCACCUGCAGUCCCAGUUGCAGUGCUGUGGAGUGUUUAACCUGAGCAGCUGGGUGUCCACCCCCUGGUACAGCAGCCACAACAACACAGUGCCCGUCUCCUGCUGCAAGAACCAGACGGAGUGCACCGGCCAGCUCGACCAGCCUCAGUUCCUCUUCACAAAGGGAUGCCAAGACCAGGUGGAUGUGCUCCUUCAGAAUGUGUUGAGUUAUGCCAUGCUGGUGAUCCUGGGCUUCGCCAUAAUUAAGGUCUUCGGGAUGCUGAGCGUGUGUGUGAUCACCUGUAGGUGCAACGACAGGAGGAAUGGCUACCAUCCCAUCUAUAACUGAGGCAGUUCCUUCUCCACCAGGCAUUUAGCUUAGAUAUUCUUCCUCAGCCUUAUCCUUUCUCCUCUUUCUGACGCAGUACCUGCUCUACCAUGCAUUUAGCUAAGUGAAGCUCCGUCAGUCUUAACCUUUCUCCUGUCUCCUCCCAUGGCUGCCUGUUACGUCCCUGCGCCUCGCUAUAGGAGUUCACACACUUCCCCAGAGUCACCGUUAGACUGCAAUCAGAAGGGAAAAGUUACCAAACCUUUUAGUAUAACAGCCCUUUUUAUGGAACUUUCUUAAAACAAUUUGAUGUGGGCAAAAAGAUUAU